ACCAUAGCACGUGGUCUUUAUAGUACUCCGUAUCGAACUGAAGAUAAUAUCCACAAAUUCUUCAACUAUUACGUCAGAUAGUAAUUAUCUUGACGAAUGACACGCUAGCUGGUCCUCUCGUCGAGAAUAUCAACUCCUCCAUGCUCUGACGAAUCUUUUGAUUCUGUAUCAAAGUUGUUAAUUUCUGUUUUCCAAUUUUCCGACGCAUUUUAUUUGACUAAAAUGGAUAGAGACGAGAAGUUGCAAAUUGUACGAAGUGCAGUAAAAACGUACAAACAUUUCCCGAAGCAAGGAAUCAUUUACAAAGAUAUUUUUGGAGUCUUCCAGAAUGUCGCUGCAAUGAGAGCCCUCAAGGAUCUUCUAGUGGAGCAUGCCUCAUCCUUGAAUAUUGACGUCAUCGUCGGUCUUGACUCCAGGGGCUUCCUGGUGGGUCCUCUUAUCGCUGUGGAACUUGGAAAACCUUUUGUGCCUAUCAGGAAAAAGGGGAAAUUGCCAGGAGAUGUUGCAGAGAAGACUUUUAGUCUGGAGUAUGGAGAGGCAACGUUUGAGGUUCAAACUGAGAGCAUUAGCAAAGACAACAGAGUCCUCAUCGUCGAUGACCUGCUGGCUACUGGAGGGUCAAUGGCCGCCGCAAUCGAAUUAGUUAAAUCGCUGGAAGGAGAGGUUGUAGAGUGUCUCAUUAUCAUGGAACUGGUGUAUUUAGGGGGGCGGUCCAAACUCCAAGCCCCAGUAUAUUCCCUCAUCGAAUAUGAUUGAAUUACAUUCGAAACUUUUUAAACAUUCCACCACAGCAUUUGUACACAGCAAAAGGUAUAUUUUCAUAUGGACAAAUUAAACUCGGAAUAUUUUGAAAAUAUUAAA